UACUCUGCUGCACGUAGCUUCACCUGAGCUCUGUCAUUGGGUGGAGAGAAAACACCGACUCUCUUGCUCUCCACCCAGAAACGUUUAUUUCUUGGUGUUGUAUUAUGUGGUCUUCAGAGAGUAGUAACUGUUCGUUUUAUUUUGUAUGCUUUCAGAACCACAAGGUCGCUCUCUUCAGUUCCCUGGCUGUAGCCUAUAUCUUCAUCCAACCUGAACAGGUAUCGGAUGUGGAAAUGCAAAGACUGCAGCCUGUCAUUUUCAGAACGAUCUGAGCUACUAAAACAUUACCGCAUUGACCAUCGGUUUCACAGUAGGCGCUGUCCUUACCCAUGCAUCCAUGCAAAUUGCCCCUGUUCGUCCAAGACAUGUAAUGGUCUACAAAAACAUCUUACAAGGAAUCAUCCUUCUCAGGAGUCCACACAAAAGGUCUCUUCAUUCAAGUGCUACAUUUGUGACAAUAAUCAGCUUUCUACGGAGUAUGAUUUUUUUCUUCAUAUCAAUCAACAUUUGAAAAAAAAUGAACAAGUCUCUUGUAUGUUUGAUGGUUGUUCAUACAAAACAAACAUAUACAGCAGUUUCCGGACCCAUAAAUGGAGAAAACAUCAGUCAUGCACCAUUAAUGUCUUUAAAAGUGGAAUAAUUGUCACAUCAUCACUCAGUUCCAAUCCUUCUGACUCAUUGAACUCUGACCUGAAUGAAGAAGUACAGCUGGAUGAGCCAACCACUGAAGAGUCUAGAGAUUUUGAAAGGGAAUUUGAACUGAAAUUAGCAUCACUUUUACUUAAAUUGGAUCAUACAUACUUAGUCUCCAGUACAGCUGUCAACGAAUUGCUUGAGGAACUACAACAUCUUAUUGGAACUGUCUCUGUGCCACUUAGUCUAAAAACAAUUAAUCAGGUUUUGGGAGAUAACGAUUGUCAUGUGGAAGCAUCUGUUGUUGAAGAGCUAGCCACUGUUCUUUGUUCUUCACAUCCAAUUCAAAAAGCAAUAGUGAAACAAGGCCCAUUGUCUACUUCUUCGAAGCGCAAAUCGUAUUAUAGAAGAGAAUUUGGUGUAGUGUCACCAGUGGAAUAUAUUCUUGAUAAAAGGAACAAAAAAUCAUUACAGUAUGUAUCCGUGCUGAAAAUAUUGCAGCAGAUUCUAAAUUCAGAUUCUAUCUUGAUAAAGACUGCCAAUUUGAAAGGGAAACAUCAGUCACCCGAGAGUGAUAAAGCAGUUUACAGUUGUCCCUUUGAUGGUGAAUUUUUCAGAAACAGCACACUUCUGUCUAAAGACUGUGCAAUUUUACUUAACCUUUAUAUUGAUAAUUUAGAAAUAUGUAAUCCCAUUGGGACAUCACGACGAAAACAUAAAAUCUGUGCCCUCUAUUGGACUUUAGGUAAUCUGUCCCCCGGUUGUCAAUCUUCACUGUCAUCGAUACACUUGGCUCUUCUAGUCAGAAGUAAUGAUUUGAAGGUGUAUGGCGAGCCUCUCAUUUGUGAUUUAAUUUCCUUGGAUCAACACGGUGUGUUUUUGCCAAAGUUAGGGAAAUGUGUUAAGGGAAUGGUACAGUGUGUUAUAGCCGACAAUCUUGGAGCCCACAGCAUCGCUGGAUUUCUUGAGAGUUUUUCAAGUGGUCAUGUAUGCCGAUUUUGUACAGCUUCCAAAUCAGAAAUUCAAACUGAGCAAGUAGACAGUGGAGCUUUUACAUCAAGAACAGAAGACCUUCACUCAGACCAUCUCAAAACCAUUGAGGAACAAUCUCUGAACAAUUUCUGUGGUGUCAAGAGGAGAUGUGUCCUCUCUGAGAAACUCAGUCAUUUCAAAGUUACUACCGGUUUCCCUCCAGAUCUGUGCCAUUGA